AUGUCUGAACAAAACGUCACGCCAACUGGAGGGGCAAAGCCGGGCGUCGGCGUCGGCGCCGACGCCGGGCGUCGGACAGGCAUAAGCGUCCGUGCCGGCGCGACGCUCAUGAAGAGCGUUUCCAUAUUCCUGACGAGCGGUCGCAAGGCGUCGGCGAACUCAAAACAGCAGAUCUCCGCCGCUUCCGGCAAGAACGAAUCGUCAAGAAGGAGACGUCGCAGAAAGAUGCCGGAGGGUGCAAGGAACUCCGCGUACAUCAUCAAAGUGAUCGAGUCUCUUAAAAAAAAGACGAGAUUCUCCAGGGUGGAACUGGAUAGUCUCUGCAAACUUUACAAAAAGUUAACUACCAAUUCGAGCCAACAACAAGUUGGACGAUCGAUGUCUAUCGGUAGAAGACCACAAUCGAGGCCGACUGUCGAGAAAAUCGAUAGGACUAUUUUUCGAGAACUCCUCCACAACACAUUUCACGUCAUCACCGAGGACAUCCUGGUAGAGCGCUUGUUCUGCUGUUGGGAUCGAGAAAUCGAGGGUGCUAUCAGACUCGAGCCAUGGAUCAUGGGAUUAGAUGUAUUCUUGCGGGGUAGUUUGCGUGACAAGAUUGUGUUCUGUUUUCACGUGUACGAUCUAAACAACGAUGGAUACAUCACAAAGGACGAAAUCUUUCAGUUGCUCAAAAAUUGCCUAAUAAAGCAGCCCGGUGAAGAAGAUCCGGACGAAGGAGUGAAAGAUUUGUCGGAGUUGGCCCUGAAGAAGCUUGAUGUUGAUCACGAUGGAAAAAUAUCGUUUCGAGAUUAUGAGAUGGCGGUCAAAGAAGAACCUUUAUUAUUGGAAGCAUUCGGACAGUGUUUGCCUACUGAAAAAAGCUGCACAAGCUUCUUGGCGACUCUUUAACCCGAAAAUACUCACAAAAUUAGCUAGAUUAGUAGAAGUUUUGCAUAGCGAACGUUCUUUCAAUAAGAGACAUUUUUAACAAUCAAUAUCAGUCACUCACAAGAUUAUAUCCAUAUAAUUUCUUUCUCCAAAACUUUUUAAUAUUACCAGAGAAAAACCUGAGAGAGGACAUAACUGCCUUUUGAAUGUUACCUCAAAAUGUUCUCGUGCGCUACCCUGAAGAAGUGGAUGUAAACUACAUAGCAACAUUCACUUUUCUGCACCGCGGGUAUACAAUUUGUGGUGCGCGUCCGUGCUACAUCCACUUUUCGAGACAGCUGGAGCUCUAUUUUCAAAAAAUUGCGCAUUCGAAAAUCAUGACUUCUCUCAGAUUACGGCUAUUUCCGGCGAGUAAUAUAGUCUUCGAUAUUGUUCCGUGUCAUGAAUAUAUUGUUUGGUUCAAUUCCGUGCUACGUGUGCAAAAUAUAAUGAUAAAUUUAAGUUAUCUUGGAUAUUUCUUGAUGGAAGCCUAAAAGU